AUGCGGCGGGGCGCGCUCCUGGCCGGCGCGCUGGCCGCCUACGCGGGGUACCUGGCGCUGGGCGCGCUGCUGGUGGCGCGGCUGGAGCGGCCGCACGAGGCCCGGCUGCGGGCGGAGCUGGGCUCGCUGCGGGAGCAGCUGCUGCGGCGCAGCCCGUGCGUGCCGGCGCCCGCCCUGGACGCCUUCGUGGAGCGGGUGCUGGCGGCCGGGCGGCUGGGGCGCGCCGCGCUCGCCAACGCCUCGGGACCCGCCAACGCCUCGGACCCCGCCUGGGACUUCGCCUCGGCGCUCUUCUUCGCCAGCACGCUGGUCACCACCGUGGGCUACGGCUACACUACCCCGCUGACAGACGCAGGCAAAGCCUUCUCCAUCUUCUUUGCGCUCCUGGGUGUGCCCAUCACCAUGCUGCUCCUGACUGCCUCGGCCCAGCGCCUGUCACUGCUGCUCACCCACGCACCCCUGUCCUGGCUGAGUCUGCGCUGGGGCUGGCACCCUCAGCGGGCAGCCCGCUGGCACCUGCUGGUCCUGCUGGUGGUCGUAGUGGCUGUGUUCUUCCUCGUACCAGCUGCGGUCUUCGCCUACCUUGAGGAGGCCUGGAGCUUUCUGGACGCCUUCUACUUCUGCUUCAUCUCCCUGUCCACCAUUGGCCUGGGGGACUAUGUGCCUGGGGAGGCCCCUGGCCAGCCUCACCGGGCCCUCUACAAGGUGCUUGUCACAGCAUACCUCUUCCUGGGCCUGGUUGCCAUGGUGCUGGUGUUGCAGACUUUCCGCCACGUGUCUGACCUGCAUGGCCUCACUGACCUCAUCUUGCUGCCGGAUCCGGCCCCUGCCAACCUCAGCCGGGGUGAGGACGAUCAGGUGGACAUUCUGGACACCCGGACAGAUCUGCACCAGCAUCUCUCUGCUGGCUCCCACACGAACUACGCCUCCAUCCCCAGGUAGUUGGGCCGGUGUGUCAACCUGGACACACCUGGCCUGGGCCUUGGGCCCCAUGUGACUAGAGUGGAGCUACAGGAAUGCCCACACACUCUCCUGUCUUUCACAGCACCCCACUGGGAGGUGAGGCUGCUCUGCCCACCUGUCCUGGGCACCUCAGGCUACCGAUCCAGCCGUUCUCUUCUCCAUCCUUUCCUCUCGUUUCUUCUUAUACCGUGACCGCUUGGACGUUUUGAUUCCUUGGUGGGAGUGGUGAUCGAUGCUGCUUUGUUUUGUUGUUAUUCUCUCCGUGUCGCACUCACUUACAUCUGUCAUCUGUCACGCAUCACUUGCUGGUUCUUCGGGCCUCUGGGCCUGGACGUCACUUCGGCCACUGUGUUAGUGGCUCUGCCUUGGCCAAAAUGAUUUCCCCCGCUCUGAACCUUGAUAUCCUCAGCUGUCGGGUGCAAAGACUAUUACAGCUCACCCACAGACCCUCACUUCUGUCCCUUGGCCGUUCUGUGCUGGGUGCACAGAAAUAGUGGAGGUGGACUGGGCCCUGCUCUUCUUGGGGUCACCGGCCAGUGAGGUUGACCCGCCGACUUGUCCCUUGACACUGACAAAUCCCAGCGGGCACUGGCAGAGUGGUCAAGACUGAGGAAUAGACUUGAAAUGUCCAGGUGGUCUUCCUGGAAGAACGGACAAGAACUAACCCAAAACCUGCUGGUCAAAGAGAAGAAACUGUCCCUUUUCCUCAGGCAUUCCUGGGCCACAGCACCUGCGAAGAGCCCUGUGACGGGCCAGCUUCUCCCUCGGUGGCUUAGCAGGCAAGGGGCUGAACCAGGAGCUGAGCACACAGCCCCUCGGUGAGGCCGUGGCUGCCGGCUGGGCGCUGCCCUGCCUGUUUGAACAGUUGCUGGACCUCUGGGACUCUGGCCGCUGAACGGUGACCGGAACAAUGCCCCUCGAGAAGAUGACAUCAGCCAGGUGCCUGUCAUCUGAGCUGAGGCAGGAGGCUGGAGAGUUCCCUCGAAGGGAGGGCUGCAAAGCAGGAGCCAGGUGAUAAAAUAACAGAAACAACAACAACGAUAAUAAUUCAUAAUAUUAACACCUAUGAUCAAAGGAAUAUAGUGCCAGGCUGAAGGGACAUGAGAGGAGGCUGUGGAAGGCCACAGAGUCCUCAGGGCUGGGACUAACUGCAUUCACACGAUUAUGUCACUUAGGAAGGAUUCCUGCUGAAAAUAACAAAACCCUGACUGAAAUAACCUGUUACCUUGUGCCUGGGGAGAGUCCCAGGCCAUACGCCCCACAGCCAUGGAGGGCCUGGUGUACCUAAAGGUUCACUCUCUUUUUUGCUAUUCUCCACUGAGGGCUUAGCCCCCAAGUGCCUCUCCUCCUGCUGUCCAGAUGGCUGCCACGGACCCAGGCACCCAACCAGACCUGCUAUUUCUAGUGCAAGCAAUAGAAACUUCAACCGGUGUCCUGAGGGUUUUAAAGAAGGUUAGCUCAAUAUCAGAUCAUGCUAAGAUGUCCUACAGGGCACCUGGGUGAGGCUGGAGGCUAGAGUCCUGAGGCUAGCCAGGGGAAUGUAAAAGCAAGAUAAAAACAAGGUAGACCUCCCAAGGGAGCUGGGGAUGUUCUCAGGGCCAGAGCCUGAGAACAGGUCUAUCCCAGGUGCUGGGCAAAACAAUUUACACUUCCAGGUCUGGGAAGACGGCUUAGCUGGGCAGGCACAAAGACCUGUUUUCUCCCCAGCACCUACAUAACAAGGGCCAGUGGAUCCAGGUCUGGGUGAAAGCCCCAGCUAAAAAGGGGUGGGAGCUGAGCCCAGGGCACAUACCUUUAAUCCCAGCACUUGGGAUGCAGAAGUUGGUGGAUCUCUAUGAGUUUGAGGGCAGUCAGGUCUAAAUAGUGAGUUCCAGGACAGUUAGCACUACACAGUGAGACCCUGCCUCUAUGAAACAACUAAAAAAGGAAAAUAAUUGAGGAGCAAAGCGAAUGUUAAACUGUAGCUUCCACAUGCACACACACACAUUUAAAAAUCUGAGCCAGCAAAAUAGCUCACCGGGAAAAGGCGCUUGCUGUGAUCCUCUAACCCUGACAGUCUGAGUUAGAUCCUUGGAACCCAUAGUGGAAGGAAAGAACCAACUUCCCAAAUUUUAUUCCCCUUUGACCUCCACAAAGUGCAGCCGUGUCGGCUGAUUUCCCAGGUGUCUGUCUGCGCGGAGGUUACGCAUGAACCAGCAGUGUCAUCAUCCACCAUCCCACACAAAUGCUGCCGGGAAUGGGAAGUGGAGAUCUUCCCAGCUCUCAAGGCAAAGCUGUGUGUGUGAGGCUGACCCCCUGUUGUCCCUGUAGUUCAUUUGUGCCUCAGGUUGCUUCUUUAUGAAGCACUAUCUCAUGGACUUGAACAACCAGCAAUUUAAACCUUGUAAAGCCUGGACAUCAUCUGGGGUCAAUAAAAUACCUAAUUAUU